CUUACACAGGUUCUACUGUAUAUGAAUGUAUAUGAAACCCAAAGCACUCAAAUAAAAUUGCUCAUGAUGACAUACAAAGCCAAUACAAAAGGAGAUCUUAACAGUUUUAUGGGACUCGGAAGUAUAGCAAGUAUAAACUGCACAAUAUAGCUCAAGAAUGUGUGAGAGUGAGAAAACAGUGAUCGGUUCACUUAAGGUGAAACAUACUGUCAUUAAAGGAUGUGCAAUUACACCAUUCUUUGAUUGGCAAACCAUCAGACACCUGGAGAAUCUGCCAAUAAGGAAGGACGACAUACUCGUAGCUUCAUAUCCUAGAUCUGGCACACAUUGGGUAGCUGAGCUGGUGGACAUAGUUAGAAAUGAGGGCAAUACUGAGGCCCUCAGCAGCCUUAUCCAUAGCAGAGCACACUUCCUGGAGCUCUCAGACAAAGUGACAAAUGGAGAGAUAAAUGUUUUUGAAGAUGAGUCAGAUGGGAGUAGAUUCAUUGAGUUAGGAAAUAAGCCAUCUCCUAGGUUACUAGUCUCUCAUUUGCCUGCUGACUUCAUGCCUAGUGACAUCACAGGAGGACAUACUAAGGUGGUCCUCGUACUGCGGAAUCUUAAGUCAGUAAUCGUGAGUUAUCAUUUCAUGCUUGAGAGCUUUGGUGAUGUUUUUAAUGAACCAUCUACAAUUGACAAAGUGAUGAAAUCAAUGAUGCGUGACGAUGGUGAACAAACUAUUCUAGGGACAUGGUACAACCAUAUAAAGUCUUGGUUAGACAUCAGAGAGAAGCUCAAGGAUAAAUUGCUUGUGAUUUACUAUGAAGAUCUAGUAAAGAAUAUGCCUGAUGCUAUCAAAUCAAUGGCUGCAUUUUUGGGGAAAAGUUUUACAGAUGAUGAAAUAGCUAAGAUAGCUGAGCACCUGCAGUUCAAAUGCAUGAAGAACAAUGCAGCAGUUGGAAAUGCAUUUGGAGAUUUGGUUAAAACAAUGAACAGAGACCCAGAGGAACAGGUCAUUCCACAUAUGAGGAAAGGGACCAUAGAUGACUGGAAGAACCAUAUGACUGUAGCUCAAAGUGAGGCUGUUGAUGUUUAUUACAAAGACAAACUAGAAACACUUGGACUAAAGUUUCAGUAUGAAUAA